GCACUAUGGGACAAUGCAGGGAAUCAAAAUGGUAGCCCCCCAACCAUCCAACGCUCCUUCUGGCCACUAUUUCUGGCCAGUGAAUUAGCUAGGGUUGUGCAGUCAAACCGGCAGCACAUCCCAUGAUGUUUUUGAUGUUUUUGUGAUUAUUCAUCUGACCUGUAGCUUAGACCCUUCUAAACAUCUUUCCUGGGGAGUGCUUUUGUAGGGUGUUUUUUCCCCCCCAGUAAUGAUGGCACAAUGUGUCUGUUUUAUCAGGCGGUGGGACGUCCUGGGCACCCGGAUCAUCGUUGGAGCCCCACCAUGGAAGUCCCUCAGCACUUACAAGUGAGCAAACACUUGCCGUCCUCUGUGGCAACAGAUGAAGCCAAUGAUCUAGAGGAGCUGGAAAAAUUUGCCAAGACUUUCAAACAGAGGAGAAUCAAACUUGGGUUCACUCAGGGCGAUGUGGGGCUGGCCAUGGGGAAGCUCUAUGGGAAUGACUUCAGCCAAACCACCAUUUCCCGCUUUGAGGCCCUCAAUCUGAGCUUCAAGAAUAUGUGCAAGCUGAAACCGCUGCUGGAGAAGUGGCUGAGCGAUGCAGAAGCUUCCCCUUUGGACUCUUCCGUGAGCACACCCAGUUCCUACCCAUCUGUGAGCGAGAUGUUUGGUCGCAAGAGAAAGAAACGCACCAGCAUCGAGACCAACAUUCGCUCCACGCUGGAGAAACGGUUCCAAGACAACCCCAAGCCCAGCUCAGAGGAGAUCUCCAUGAUUGCAGAACAGUUGUCCAUGGAGAAGGAAGUGGUCCGGGUUUGGUUCUGCAACCGGCGCCAGAAAGAGAAGCGCAUCAGCUGCCCGAUGCCCUCCCCUAUCAAAUCACCCCUCUACAACUCCAGACUGGUCUCUACCUCAGGAUCCUUGGGUCCCCUCUCUGUCACUCCUGUUCACAGCACCAUGCAUGGGGCAGUGACAUCAUCAUGCUCUCCGGGGAACUCCAGCCGGCCCUCGUCUCCUGGCACGGGACUCCACGCCAGCAGCCCCGGCAUGUCCCAGAGCAACUCCAAAGCAGCCAUCAACUCCUCCAGCUUCAACUCUUCUGGAUCCUGGUACCGAUGGAACCAGCCCACCUACCUCCACUGAAGCCCCAUUCCCCAAAGAGCAGCCGACUCUGCAGAAAAAGAAAAGGAGCCUGAACUUUUGUGCUAUGGACCCGCUUCUUAGGGAACAGUGGCUCAGUCAAAUGCACGGCCCACAUGCCACAACCGGUCUCCCUUCAACCUCACUUGAUGGCAGCAACUCUGCAAGCAGAACUGUCAAAGAGACUAAAACGGUGACACGUGGCAACGGUGCGUGCGCAUGGCAUAAGCCAUUCGCAUCAUGUCAUCCUCAGGCACUUCUGCAUGCGGUUGCCUAAACCUUUUGCUCUGUAACUGAUGCCUGGCGAUCUUCGACGGGGAAGUGGUUCUGUCUUCUCUCUCUAGUUUGUAAAUGCUUUUUGUUGGAAGGCAACUGUGAAGACGCAUCCAUUCUCCCAUCUAAACCGAAAGAUGCAUCCGCGGAGAUCCCCACCCCCUAAGCUAAGCCAAGGCUGUCAAAUUAGAUUUCCUGAAGGUUUCAAUCAGGAUUGGCACUUUCAGUGUCCUGCAGGUGGUGCUCUGGAGCAAGGUAGCUAUGCUUGGAUUGCCUGUGAGCGAUGCAUUCGCUCAAAAUUGUGGGAACGUUUAGGUGAUCUGGAUGCAUCCAGGUUUUGAUCUCCAGACUCUUUGUGCUGGGGACCUGGGGACCCCAUAGCUUCUGGGGAGCAAGAUAGACAUGGAAUUGACAUGCAUCUAAUUGUUCAAGAGUGAGGCUGCCUGGGCCGACCCUAUCGUUGGGCAGAGUGAGGUUGUACACAUGUAGUUAGUCUCCAUUGUACCCCCUAAGCUAACCAGCUGCCCUCAGCGGCAAUGGAGGGUGAUAGCUCCUUUGCUGACAUUGAAGCAAAACACAGCUACCGAUCUGGUUGGCUUCAGUGAAUGACAUGGGGAGGGUACCAUCUGGGCCUGCAUCUCAGGUAGCAAAAUAUCUUGGGCCAACCUUGGAUGGUAUAUUCACCAAAUGGGCACUUUUUCACCCAACUUGCCUAUCUAUAGACACUUGCUUCUCCAAUAUUUGGGAGGUUGUGCUUUAGAAUUGCCAAUGCCUGUGACAGAUGUGUUAAUUUUUUAAAAAAUAUAUAUUUUUUAAAUGGUCUCUCAUGAGGAUCUCUGAUUAUACAAGUCAGGCAUUUUUCCCCACACAUGGUGGCUCAAGCUGUACCUUGAAAAGUCCAGAUUUGCCCAGGUGUCUACUGGACAAAUGCCUUGAUGAGUUAAUACAUUUCAUCUUCACAAACUUAAAAAUCUCAAGCAGUUUUGAAACCAUUUUACAAGUUCUUUUUAAAAAUAAAAUAAGCACACAUAUCUAGUCAUGUAGACACCUCCCUUUUUUCAUUCAAGUGAAACAUUUUGGUGGGGAAGAUUGACUGGACAAAACUGCUUGUGAGCCGGUCUAAGUCAAUUCCACCACUCCCUUGAUCUGAAUGUGACUAGGAGGGGCAACAGUAAAUAGAAAACACGGAAAUAGGUUGAAUAGCCUCUAACCCCUGGAGUUUGGCUACACACACUUACAUGCUAAGUUGCUGGGGUGGGGAAGAAAUUUGAUUCUGUUUGCAUCCAGAGGCAAACCUACCUGACUGAACUUUCCAAAAUGAUGCACAAACUGAAGAACAGCCAUCAUUCAAAAUUCUCAGUUUCCAAAUUUUGCAGUGGAGUUCUCCAGCCAAGUAAUGUGUAGAGACUAGGGCAAAGCAUGCAUAAAAAUGCAUGAAGAUAACCUACAAA